GAGGAGGGAGGGGCUUGUGUCGCCAUAUAUAACCAGGAGCGCUCAGCUUCCAUACACCAGUCGCCUCACAACCUCGUUGUUUUCAGAUCUUGUUCGCUUCAAUGAUGUUUCGUCUGCUGGUGUUGACGGCUCUGGUGUGUGUGGUGAUUGGCAUACCUCAAGGAUUUGGAGGGCAUCUUGGUUCCUGCCCAUAUGAUGGCCGGUUCUGUCCUGCCAACCCUAAACCACCCCAGGGUCGCCUGUGUCAACGUGACAGAGACUGUGGCAGUAGCGAGCGUUGUUGCAAGGAUUUCUGUCACCCUCUCAGUUCUUGCAAGCGGGUAAUGUCAAGUCCUGGUUUCGGCUAAUUAAUAACAUGCCUUCAACAAGUUUUAGGGAGGGGGGUAGAAAUAGCCUAAGCUACUCUAUCCCUUUGAGAUGUAUUUCUUUCUUGUCUCAAUAAACAUAAUUGAACUUCAACAAGUGUAUAGCAUGUAUUAUUAAAGCAGGUCAUCAAA